AAAGGACAUUAAAUUAGUUGGGAAAUUGGGUUUUUCAUUCUCUUCCAUUUUCCAGUUUGGGCCCGCGACUGGCCGCGAAAAGCUGCUCGCUGUUCCUCGACCCCCAACUUUCCGAGCGGUCGGCGCCGUCUUCCGCCGCCGAAUCUACCCUUCUCCUCAGGUCUAUAGUCUCUUGGGCCACAGCGUCGUCGCACCCCGAAUGAACAGCUAUGGGUUCGCCGAGGCUUUCCGGCAUGCAAAAGCAGGUGCUCAGCCUCUACCGUGGCUUCCUCCGGGCUGCUCGCUCCAAGUCCACGGAAGACCGCCGCCGCAUCGAGUCGAUCGUCGUCGCCGAGUUUCGACGCAAUGCAAAGGAGGUGGAUCGGAAGAAUUUCCUCUACAUCGAGUACUUGCUCCGCCGCGGCAAGAAGCAGCUGGAUCAGCUCAGGAACCCUGACACCACGGGUUUGUCGUCCUUCGGCCUUGAUUCCUCUCGGAAUAGAGAACCUUAGAAGUAACCCUAGCCUGUUUGUUCAUCCAAAAAUUCAUUGUGCUCGAGGUUUUGCUGUAAGUUCAAUGUGUUUGAAAUGAAUAAGCGUUUCUUAUUUCGAUGGUAAUAUAUAAGUCACAUUGAAUGUGAACACAAUCUAUACAUAUAUAUCAAAAUGUCAUCUUGUUCAUGGAGCAUA